AUGUCAUCCUCCAAGUUCAAGCCACUGUCGACCAACGAUGCAGAUUUACGCCUCGCUCGGUUUCUUUCAAAGCACGAUGAUCCCCUUAAUCGUGGCUUUAUAACCCGCCUAGACCAUUCACCAAUCGCAAUGAAACGACUUGCCUUCUUCAGAGCUCUCCUCCUGAACACAUUUAUUCUCAUUGCCCUCACCAUUCUCUCAUUUAUUAUGAUCUCCCAGUUUCUGUUAUCUCCUCCAUCAACCCCAACGCAAACCUUGAUGUGUAUUACCCACGACUUCAUCGUUGCGUCGGCAAUAGUCGUCCUCAUACGGUCAACUCUCCUUCCUUUCUUUUGUGGGGAAUGUCGUCUACGUGUCGCAUAUGGUUUUCGUCCCUCGGAAAUUGUAAUACGCAGGGCACCACUUCUCGGGAAGGAAUAUAACAGGCACACAAUAGCCCGCGCUGUUAAUCCGGCACUUCUGUACUCAAACGUCAGUGCUAUGCUAUCGUCUGAUUAUUGGACUCUCGAGUAUACCAUCAUCCUCGAUGCUCUAAACAGGAUUUCCAAAGGAGAAUUUCCCGAGGAUGUGUUGGAGUUUUCCGUCUGGAAGCAACGCGAGCAAACUUGGCAUGUAUGGGAGCUUUGGAAGAUGCAUGAUCUUAUAUCAGAUGAGCAAGAAAUUGCUAUCUUCAAGGUGCACGAGUUGAUACCAUCUUGUCGCAUGGCCUUAGUCACUAACAGAGUUCCGCAGUCACUUCUCAUUGAUUCAGGAAAGGAGGAACUGCUGGCAGAUUGGCAAGGGGCCAUUGCCGACGAAAAAGCGCUUGAUAGAUCGUCAACAGUGAGAUCAUAUCAAACUGUUGUUGAUAAAUUCGCUCGAGAGGGUUUGGACUAUGAAUCUGUAUGGGAUCAGGUAUCCGAAAAGAGAAAAUUUGCUUAA